UGAAGAAGCAGUGUCUGUGCAGAGAUUCAUCUACAGUUAGGAAGUGACCUCUGAUCAGUACUCAUGGGGGUCAAAACAAUCUUGUUUUCCAUUAUACUUCUGCAUGCAUGCACUGCCACCUUUAACGAGAGCUCUGAAAGCAGCUUUGAACAGACCAAUGAGCCUAUUGAUGACAAGUCUUCAACCCAGAUGUCUGAUGAACUCAGUUCAGGGUUACCAGGUAGAGCUGGUUCUGGACGCAACUUCUCUGUUAUGACAGAGACCUAUGAGACAAGAGAAAAUGAUUCCUUUUCAGAUGGGAUGCUGUAUGCAAAUUAUUCCAGAGACAAUUUUGGAGGCUAUCCUUUAAAACAUCCCACAAACUUUUCAAUCUCAUUCAUAAUCGAUUCCAUACCAGUGUUUGCAGAUCCAAUCAUUAUCCAUAUUAUUGAAGCCAUGCCAUGCAACAAGACUACACAGGACACAUACAACAUCUCAGAUCAGUCUGUUGACUUCCUCAAAGGCCUGCUGGUCACACGUGUCAUGCCCUCAUUCUACAUCAUCAUCAUCCUCAUUAGUUUGCCUCUGAACGCUUUGGCCUUGGUGACAUUCACAUGUAGGAUUCGAGCGAAGAAGCCAGCUGUGAUAUACAUGUCUCACCUGGCGUGUGUGGACCUGCUCUUCACCCUGCUGCUGCCUCUGAAGAUCCACUACCAGCUGAACGCUUCAGAUUGGGUGUUCGGUGAGGCGGCGUGUCGUGUGCUCAGUGCAGCUUACUACUGCUACAUGUACUGCUCCAUACUGCUGAUGAUGUGCAUGAGUGUGGACAGGCUGCUGGCUGUGGUGUUUCCCAUCGCCUCUCUGACCUGGAGGAGUGCAAGGAAAGCUACAUUCAUAUGCACAUUAGUCUGGCUGCUGGCGCUCGCUGGUACAGUGCCACUUCUCUCCAUAACACAAACAUUUAAGAUAAAGAAUGUGGGCGUCACCUGCCAUGACGUGCUGUAUCACACACAGCUGUAUGCAUACCUGUUUAUCAUCCUCUCCUGCCUCUACUUCUUCUUGCCUCUGGUCAUCACCAUAGUGAGUUACUCUACCAUCAUAUAUGUGCUCACUACCAAGAAUGAUCACUUGGAAACAUCAUACUCAAACAAGCGAAGGAGAGCUGUGAUUAUGGCUAUAGCUGUGCUGAUGGAGUUUGUAAUGUGCUUUGCACCAACAAAUGGCAUCUUGUUGUACCACUGUAUUCGUUUAGCCACCGGAGGUAGCAGCGAGGAGGGGAAAUACUACCUGAUGGCUGCGUGUUUGGGGAGUGCAAGUGUUUUUUUGGACCCUCUGUUGUACUACUAUGGCUCAUCUCAAUGCAGACAGCAGAUUCGGUCUGUGAUCUGGUGGAGGAAGACAAAAAGCACAACCACACCGUCAAACACAAACAGUCAAACAAAAUCAUCUAACCUGAGCUGCGAGUACACCCCGGCUCACAUUCAGGUGUGAAUUGAUGAUGAUUUUUUUGUACUAAAGAUUAAUUUAUAAAUUCAUAGUCUGUGCUAGUUUUAAAUGACUGGAACAAUGUUGGUCUUUGCAUGUACAUAGACCCAUAUAUAACAUAUAGCAUGUAUACAAUCAUAUUGCGCCCCUAAAGCUUCAAAACAUUGGGGUUUUUUAACACAACAAUUAAAAUGCAUUUAGUUCGUAUCUCAAAAAUGAAGGUGUCUGUAAAAUUAGCAUAGCAAUCAGUCAUGAUUUUUGUUGAAAUGUGCAUUCUGUAACAAUGCUGAUAAGUGUAACUUCCCCAUUUAUAAUCUGCUGUACUUAAAAUAUGUAUAAAUGUGAAGACAAAAGAGUUAAAAAUUAAAACAAAACAUGUAAAUUCUCUUUCCAUAAACAUCAUAUAUUAGAACACAGUCAACAAAAAUGCACUGAAUGUUGUGUAAUAAUUACUUACCAAGGG